UGUUAAAAUAUAUAGUUGUCAGAUAAUUUGGGUGCUCUUAUGAUUAAAAUGUUCAAAAAUAUAAUCGAUGCAAAAAUUCUUUAAAUGUUGAAACGAGUAAAUAACCUAUUCUUGAGACCAUAAAACGCAUCAUAUUAACAUGCCUUUACAUAACCGUCAAAUUUAGAUGUAAAAUCGUCAAAUCGUCAACAUGCUAUUUUGGAAAUGAAAAUCGUCAAAAUGACGAAAAAGCUUCAAAUCUGGCAAGAGUGUACGAAGUUACUAAUUACUUUUUUUUCAUAAUUUAGAAAUUAUUUACAUCAAACAACACGUUCAAUAUGAAACUUGUAAGAUUUUUAAUGAAAUUAAGCCAUGAGACGGUCACCAUCGAAUUAAAAAAUGGCACUCAAGUGCACGGUACAAUUACUGGAGUUGAUGUUGCUAUGAAUACCCAUUUAAAAUCCGUGAAAAUGACGAUAAAAAAUAGAGAUCCAGUUCAACUUGAAACUCUAAGUAUUAGAGGAAAUAAUAUAAGAUAUUUUAUUUUGCCUGAUAGUCUUCCUCUUGAAACGCUACUUAUUGAUGAUACUCCAAAAUCCAAAUCAAAGAAAAAAGAAAAUAACCGUGCUGGCAAUAGAGGUCGUGGCAGAGGAUCUCGCGGUAGAGGAGGAACUCGUGGGAGAGGAAGAGGUAGAGCUACAAACAGGCGUUAAAUAUUAUUUAUCUUUUUAAAUAAUAUUCUGGAAUAGUUUUAUAAUAUAAACACUUGGCUAUUAAAUAAA